AUGAAUUUUGUUCUUCUAUUUGAAAGUAUUAUUCUAAUUAUAUUGUAUAUGACGUCAAGCAGACCUUUUGAUAAACCUAUUCCAAAGAGCCCCGAAAGCCCAUAUCCUAUUGUCACAAACUUUUGUGAUAUUGUAAGUGGGUUUGGUAGAGGUUCGGCAGAAUUAGGUAUUCCAACUGCUAAUAUCCCAAUUGAUCAAGUACCUAAUGCAGCUAGGGAUCUUGAGCAAGGUGUCUAUUUUGGUUUUGCUCGUAUUGAAUCUAUCGAUAAAGAGGAAAGAAUUGAACCAAGAGAAAAUCAUAGAAAUGUCGAAUAUAAUUAUGGGAAAUAUCUGGAACAGUCAAAUGGAGACUUUGAUAUUCUGCCGGUUGUAUUCUCGAUUGGUUUAAACCCAUUUUAUCAUAAUAAACAUAGAACUUUAGAAAUUCAUAUAAUCCAUGAAUUUAAGAGAGAUUUCUAUGGUGCAAAAUUAAAAUUCAAUAUAUUAGGUUAUAUUAGACCAGAAUUAGAUUAUACCACCGCAGAAGCGUUAAUCGCCGAUAUCAAUAAAGAUAUAGUGAUUGCAAAACGUGUAUUAGAUACAGACGAUUAUAAGAAGUUUAUGCAAGUACUCUUGUAG